AUCUCACUAUCUGUCACAAGUCUCAGAUCAACCGGCUCCAAACGCAGUUGGUGAUUUUACUCACAGCCCCCAAAUCCCCUACCCUAAGCUUCUUGCUCAAGACCAGCUCUCUGAAGCUGAAAGUCUAGGCUUGCACAUCACACGACUCAGUCAAGCAGUAACAAUCCAGACGAGAUCGUUAAACCCACGGAAAUCCGCCCAGUCAUCUGUAUCAAUGAUACAUAGUCCAGGAGAGUCUACCAUCAGAAGUACGAUGAUUCCCAGUACUAGUUGCCAGCCGUACUUCUCAUCCUCUUCAGUGUUACUGCGCAUGAUCUUUCAGGUUGCUGCUCUCUAAUCUAUGUUUGCCAGCGGUACCAUCAUGGCUCGCAUCAACGUAGGCCCGGUCUUGCCAAUCUGAACAACAGAGCAUCCCACGCCAUGGUCCACUCACUUGUCGUUGAGAAUGCUGAACACGAUUUGACCUCGCGGUUGACGCCCCCUAGAUUUCAGAGAUGGUCUCACCGAGUUAUGUGGAUAAGAAGGGGAAGAGUUCUGAAGGCCGCAAGCCUUCAUGCAGCGGUUCAGAAGCUGGAAUCAAGGCAUGUCAGUUAGCGAGCCCUCACACGCGUGUCGCUAGCAACAGAGGUGCCGAUUGAUCGGCCUCGUGCAGAAAACUGGAGAGCAGCGGAUGGAAUAGGCAGGAUUCGCCCAAUAGUAAUCAUUUCCUUCGGCAGAUGCAAAUAUUGGAUCAUGAGCAGAUCGUCUGGUGCAAAAACUAUUGUCAGAGCAGGUGUCGAGAAGAGGCAAACCGUUAAGAGAAAAAAAGUUGGAGAAAUUGUCGAACUUCCACUAUCGCUCGCCAUGCAUGCACGAUCUGCAGUUGAACAGUAUCCGGUCUUCAGCGUUCCAGAAUCUGAUGCCCACUUCUCGAGGGGAGCCUAUUUCGGCCACGAGCCACUUCCUAGUACGACAGCUCGAAACGGCGCAAGACCUCCGGAGUCGGAGUAUUGUCAUCCUCUUCUCGUCUACAGUUCUCCGACCAAUAUGACACUUGUCUUUUCACAUGGAAGGCCGAGAUAUGAGGAGCCUGCUGGUGAAGCUAUAAAACGUAUAGCUCAGAUCACUGACAACAUCGCCUCCUCAGUUUGAGUCAUCAGAAGAGAAGAAGCAGAAGCAGCAGAGCAGGAGAAGCAGAAACAGCAGAGCAGGAGAAUCAGAUUCUUCAGAAUAGCAGUGAUGGCUUCGAGCUUGACAGCAGUUUUGCUCCUUCUGCUUGCCUCUGCCGGAAUAGCAGGCGCUGCUCUAUCACGGGAAAGACAAUUUUUGGAUCCUCACAAUAAAGCUCGUAAGGCUGUCAAAGUCCCCAACUUGUCAUGGGACUCGAAUCUGGCCAAGUACGCGCAGAAUUGGGCCAACAAGCAAGCCCGUAACAACUGUCAGCUGAAGGUCUCUAAUGGCCCAUACGGUGAGAACCUGUACUGGUCAAGCUGGAGCAGCACUCCCUUGGAUGCUGUGAAGGCCUUUGUCAGCGAGAAGCAGUUCUACAACCACGCAUCGAACACCUGCAAAGCAAAGAAUUCGUGUCUGAAUUACACUCAGGUUGUCUGGAAGAAAACGACGAAGCUCGGUUGUGGAUCUUCCAGGUGUCCGAGGGGAGGAACUAUCACUGUGUGCAGCUACAAUCCUCGAGGGAAUUUCAUUGGCCAGAGGCCAUACUAGACCACGCUGAGUUCAAGGAAUGAACCAUAACAGGGCCAAGUCUGUUCCAUCGUGUUCGUUUUGGGCUGAUUUUUGGUGUUUCGGACAAUCUGUUGUCAAUUUUACGUACCUACUAAUUAAUUGACUGAACUAGUGAACGUAGUACUAGUGAAUAAACAUCACUCACUUUCUAGAAAUGUGCAGGCUACAUUAGCCCAGGUGUUAAAAUUCUACACAAUCGCCAGCUUUACCCAGCCAGGCAGCCGUCCUCCUUAUCGCGUUGCGCUGCAAAGUCGGAAUUUCUUUCUCUCUGCUGGGUUGAUUGGUGAUGUUAGCAACUCCAUUGUUUAAAGUGGAGAUUUGUCCUCGGUGUAAUAAACCCGACUGGCUUACAAAAGUUGUGUACUUUGAGACAGACUGUACUCUAAGAGUCUGGUGGAAAAUCAACUCGAUUAAGUAGCCAAGCAGGUUAUUUUCAGACAUUGCAGCAACAAAAUCUGCCUUCAAUUAAUUCCACGUGGGCCGCUCCUUCUAGCAAAUUGACUCAUUUCAUGGAAGUUCGAUUUAUUCUGUUUACCUUUUCGGUAAACAGAUCCACCCUUAGCUACAAAUCUCUUAUAUCUUCAGCAAAUUCUUGCAGAAAAAUCUUAAAAUACU